CCAAUCGAGUCCUUAUUGUACGAUCUACAAAGCAAUUGUCAACCUCACCAAUUCGGCAAUUCUUCUCCUGAAAACAGUAGAUAACGUAUACGACAUAUCGUCACUCUGUUUUGCUUCUGCUGGUGCUAUCAAUGUCUCUCCGCCUGCCCAUUCAACCCUUGAUCCCCAACCAUGAACGCCAAAUCAAAUUGCUCGCUCUCCGCCCUCCAAGAUCCAAUUUUUAUGGCCCCCCAAAGCUCCUCACCGUCAAAUCUCUCGCCAGAACGCCGGACCCGGCCUCUCCAGUUAAACCCCGAUGGGAGAAGAUGCUAUCGACAGCGGCUAGUCUGUACCCUCUCUACGUGACCUUCGGAGGCACUGUUGCCUGCGUAAAGCCUUCGGCUUUCUCCUGGUUCGUGGAGCGGGCCCCCGCCUCGUAUAGCUUCUCUCUGGGUUUCAUAAUGCUGGCUAUGGGCCUAACUCUGGAGCUGAGGGAUUUGUUUGCCCUCCUCCGCCAAAGGCCUUUCUCUAUACUAUUUGGUUGUGUUGCUCAAUACACAAUAAUGCCAGCUUCUGGAGCUAUAGUUAGCAGAGCACUUGGACUUCCACCAUCCUUUUCAGUUGGUCUCAUUCUGCUGGCAUGUUGUCCUGGAGGAACGGCAUCCAAUGUGGUGACAUUAAUUGCCCAAGGAGAUGUGCCAUUAUCCAUUGUGAUGACUGUAUGCACCACUCUAGCUGCAGUGCUUCUCACUCCUCUCUUGACCAAAAUUCUGGCUGGAACCUAUGUCCCUGUGGAUGCCAUGAAACUUUCUAUCAGUACUUUGCAGGUGGUUGUUGCUCCAAUUUUGUUGGGUUCUUACAUGCAAAGCAAAUUUCCUGCCAUCAUAAAAGUUAUUAUGCCCUUUGCUCCUCUUCUUGCAGUGUUAACUUCUUCACUUCUUGCAAGCAGUGUAUUCUCAGAAAAUGUUGUGCGUCUGAAAUCAUCAAUCAUCAAUGCAUCAGAUUGUGGGAUCCAGGGCAUAUUUUCUGGACAUUUCGGGGUUGCAGUACUGUCAGUUCUGUUAUUGCAUUUUGCAGGCUUUUUCGUGGGAUACCUGUCUGCAACAAUUUGUGGUGUCAGAGAAAGGCAGCGUCGAGCAAUUUCAAUUGAGGUUGGCAUGCAAAACUCUUCCUUGGGUGUUGUUUUAGCAACUGCGCACUUUUCAUCCCCACUCGUCGCCUUACCGCCUGCAUUGUCUGCUGUGCUUAUGAAUAUUAUGGGCAGCACUUUGGCUUUUAUAUGGAGGUAUCUUGAUCCAUCUGAUACUAAGAGUGAUUAGUAUCAAGUUAUGUAAAUUCAAUCAUUUUUUCAACUAAUUGUACUGAAGAUUUGCACAGCUUACAAUUUUUCAAUUCUCAGUCAAGUAUCUUCAUUUAAA